CGACUGCUAUGUUAUUAAACAUGUCCGACCAUAUUUGACAAUGCGGUGCGACUGCUCAGGCCCCCAGUGUUCAGAACGUUCUGCUCCAGUUGCCCAUCCUUGCCGUGGAUUAAAAUUUUAACAUGAUGUUUGCGUUCACGACACUCUUAUUUGCUAUCUCAUCCCUGACAACGUUGGCACUCUCACUGCCACUGAACUUGAGGGAUGUAGUAGAUCCCCCCAUCACUAGUCCAACAGCGGACACUGUUUGGCAUGUCGGAGAAAAGCAGCUGGUAACUUGGAGCAUUGACGGUUUAUCUUCUAAUGUUACCAAUCCGGUUGGGAUGCUGGUCCUGGGAUACAUGUACAACGAUAGCGAGAACUUGAUGUUGAAUUCACCACUUGCAACGAACAUCAAUUAUACGGUCGGUCAAGCUCUGAUCACCGUCCCCAAUGUGGAGACACGGGAAGAUUAUAUCGUUGUUUUGUUUGGGGACUCUGGCAAUGCCAGUCCAGAGUUCACUAUCAUCAACGACAGCUCAUCUUCGUCUGCACCUGCGCCAUCCACAUCUUCUUCAGUUCCAUUGUCUGUUCCUACGAGCAGUGCAUCUCCUACAGCUGAAUCUGUUUCGGAAACUCCAACAUCAACUCCGGUUAAUUUGACACCUACAAUAGGGACAUCUACGUCCACUUUAAGUUCUGGUACAACCUCAGUUGUCACGUCUACUGUGGCGGCGGCACAAACUGCGCUCACAGGUGCUGCAUGGAGGAACCAUGCGUCAGGCGGGUCGAUCAUACUCGCCUUGGUAUCGCUGCUCUACAUCCUGUAGGCGCCACGAGCUUCGAACGCAUUUCAAUGACAUGUUAAUAAUGAUUGUGACUCGGUUUCAUGGACUCUUGCUUACUCGUUCUUACAUUGUACGAUUUGACGACGAAGGUGGAUGGAUCUACGACACAUACUUGGCUGGCAUUUCAAUCACUCUAUUCACGAUAUCACUAUUAUUGGAACACAAUGUGCAUGAUUUACAUGAAUGUAGCAACUUUUGGUCAGUGGAGGUGCACCGCUGGAUGAUUUGUUUCUUGAGAGGGUAGUCUUAUUUUUCGCUGCACGAAGUUUUAAAGUAUGAUGAACCUCCAUAUUGGUAACGGUAGAAAAC